AUGAUGAGCUCGGCAUCGUUCGGGCUGCCGGUGGGUUCGCCCCCCAAUUCGAAUCUCACUUCAUCAUCGUCCGCCCAUCAGAUUCGAUUGAGCCGGCGAUCGUCGGUCUCGCUCGGGGCGCCGCUGCUCUCCACCCUCGAGCGCACCAUGUCCGUCCUACGCGGCGACAUCGUCGAGAAGAUGAAGGAGAGCGUGGGCUACGAGCUCGAGCCGGCCCUCGCCGCCCACAAUCUCCACCGUCGCCUCAGUCGAGGCGGCUCAUCUUCCACAUCGACAUCGCAGCAACAGCAGCACUCCGUGAUGACCUCCAUGGGCGAGGUCAUCGAUGUGGGCGGCAGCCCCAUACCGUUGGCUCGUCGCAAGCACAGGAAGUGGCGCAAGCCGGGGAGGAUGAAGGGCUCAUCGUCAUCUUCAAGGAAUCUGACCGAGGACCCUCUGAGAGAUGGAGAUGGAGGAGCUGGGGAGGGAGGAGAUGGAGACGAUAAUGAUGAAGAUGAAGAGGAGGAGGUGAGGAGGAGCCAGCGGGGCCGACGGCGCGCGCAGUCGUUCAUGGGCGAGGAGACGGAGAACGACUGGGACGACGACGACUCGGUCGACGAGGACCAGCUGCGGCGCCGCCAAGAACGAAUCGAGUCUGCGCGACGAAGAGCGAAAGCGACGAAGAAAAGCGGCAACGCAGCAGCGCCUCAGCAGAUGAGGAACGACGGUGGUGGCGACGACGAUGUCGGCUCGAUGGCCGACGCCGCAGCCGCGGCCGCCGCGCGAGAUCCGGCGCUGUCGACUUCAUCGUCGCUGGGCUCGUCGUCGGCGAGCAUGCUGACGUCGACAGUGCAGCCGCAGCUGCUCUCGCUGGCCUCGUCGUCGGCCGUGCCCACGCGCGGCCAGUCGCCGGCGUUCCGCUCGCCGCUCCUCGAGCAGCACGACCAGAUGCUCAAGCAGUGGCAGCAGGCCAACAAGAUCCACCGACCACUCCGACGAGGUGAGGCGCGGCCCGGCGGCGGCAACGACGACAGCGACGAGGACCUGGAGGCCGGCCUGCCGCUGCUGUCGCGCGACAAGGCCGCGGCGGCGGCUGCAGGCGCUGGCGGUGGUGUGGGCGGCGGCAAGAAGGGCGGCGGCUACGGCUACGGCGGCGUCGAGGUGCGGGAGGACUACGACGAAGCGGUGAUGUUCCUCAAGGACCUGUGCGAGUCGCUCCACCUGUUCGGCGCACCGGCGCACCGCAUCGAAUACAACAUGAUGCGAGCCAGCGAUGGCCUCGACAUCGUGGCGGCCUACGCCGUGUUCCCCGAGCUCUGCAUUCUGUCCUUCGGCCCGCAGGACGACGGGGGGACGAUCAGGAAGGCCGAGACGUACCUCUACCGCAAGAACCAGGGCGGACUCAACUGCGCCAAGCUGCGGUGGUGCGAUGACCUGGCCACCAAGGUGGCCAAUCAGGAGAUUGGUGUAAAGGAGGCGGCUAUGGAACUGUACAUUAUUCGGCAACUUGGACCCGUCUAUCCUCUGUGGGUCAAGCUGCUCAUGUACGGCUUCGCUUCACUGGCCGUGUGCGCAGUCUUCUUCCGCGGCGGAUGGCUAGAGAUGUUGGUGAGCUUGGUGCUGGGAACCGGAGUCGGGGUGGUGAGCUUGAUCGGCACCCGGUACGGCAGCGUGGAGCGGAUGCUGGAAGCCAUUGUUUCGAUCGCAGCCGCCUUCCUGGCGCGCCUCUUCGUCGAAUACGUCUAUCCGGCCUGCUGGGGCGCCAUAUCCCUGUCAACCAUCGUGUGGAUGCUUCCCGGAUUGUCGCUAACGGUGGGUGUAAACGAGUUGGCCGAGCGCAAGAUGAUAUCAGGCACGGUGCGCGUCUUCUUCGCUAUGCUCAUCGCGCUCGAGCUCGGCUUCGGUCUGGCGAUCGGCUCGCUUCUCGUCUUUUGGGAGGACGAGGCCGAGUUUCUUGAGAAGGCGGGCGACCACCUAUGCGACGGCACCAACGGCUGGGUCAUGCUCCUCUUUUUCUUCGUCAUCUGCAUCACCUUCAAUGGUCUUCAGGAGGCCCUGCCCAACCAGUGGCCGAUGAUGACCUUCACUGCGUCGUUGAGCUACGGCCUGUCAUUCCUGGGCGGAAUUCUCGUCUUGGUGCCGGGGUCGGUGGGCGUGCGCGGCGUGAAGGCGCUGAUGGAGAACGACAUCGUGUCGGGCAUCCAGUUCGGCUUCUCGAUGCUCACCAUCGCCCUCUCCAUCAUCGUCGGUCUCUUCGUCGCCAACAUGCUCUUCCCGCUCGCAACCAAAGCUGCGCCCAAGCCCGCCAGCCCGGACGCCAACAAUAGCACCGACCUCGGCGUUUCCCAAGGCCCGCUCGACCACAUCUCUCCGCCGCACGAACUGCAGCGAUUCUCCGCCAAGUAA